AUGUCAAAUUUCGUGCGAGACUAUCUUCAACACAAAGAUGAUGAUUUUUCUGAAUACAUCCCUAAUGCCUUUAAAAUGAGCGUAGAUGAAAAGCAAAGACUAAACUAAUUGCAAACCUAAAGACUAAAGUUUGAUAUUAACCUAGCAGCUGCAUGCGUUAGGCCAUGCUUUAAAGCUUUUAAUACACCAGUUGUGCUUGACGGAGAAAGUGAAUGCAUGAUCAAUUGUAUUGCCAAAGGCGAAGAACUUCUCGCUAUCUUUGAGAUGAACAUCGCAAAAGAAUGA